AGCAGAGCAGUCGAUCGCAAGGUGUGUGUAUUGACACAGAGUGUGUGAUCAGCGCGUUUACAGUAGGAGACUUUCAAAAGUGAUGGCACUAAGAAGAGCACUGCAUUUUGUUUUUAAAGUAGGAGACAGGACCAAAACAGCCACUUUUUACAGGGAUGUCUUAGGAAUGAAGAUUCUGCGGCAUGAAGAAUUUGAGGAGGGCUGCAAAGCGACCUGCAAUGGUCCAUAUGAUGGAAAAUGGAGUAAAACCAUGGUAGGCUUUGGACCAGAAGAUGACCACUUUGUUGCAGAGUUGACCUAUAAUUAUGGAGUGGGUGAAUAUCGCCUUGGCAAUGACUUUCUGGGUCUCACUCUGCAGUCCAGUCAGGCUGUGAGUAAUGCUAAGAGGUUAAACUGGCCUCUAACACAAGUCGAAGAGUCUCUCUACAUGACUGAAGCUCCGGGAGGAUACCGCUUUUACCUUAUAGACAAGGAACUGCCCAACUGUGAUCCUGUCCAGAAAGUCUCUCUGGCAGUGUCUGAUCUGCAGCGUUCUGUUCAUUAUUGGUCUGCUCUGCUGGGAAUGAAGGUUAUUGAGAAAAAUGAGGACAAAAAGAUUGCCUUAAUGGGAUUCUCAGAUAAUCAGUGUAAGCUGGAGUUACAGGACAUUGGAGGCGCUGUGGAUCAUGGAACUGCUUUUGGAAGGAUCGCAUUCGCUUGCCCUCGGGAUCAGUUACCAGACAUUGAAGCGCUAAUGAAAAAAGAAAAGCAGAAAAUCCUAACCCCUCUUGUGAGGCUGGACACACCUGGAAAAGCCACGGUGGAAGUCGUCAUUCUUGCAGAUCCUGAUGGCCAUGAGAUCUGCUUUGUGGGCGAUGAGGCAUUCAGGCAGCUUUCUGCUGUGGACCCAAAGGGGAAUGAUUUACUGGAUGAGGCCAUGGCUGCAGAUAAGAGUGACGAGUGGUUUGUCAAACACAACAAGCAGAAGGCUUCAGCAUAAACACUGUCUGGCUUUAUUGAAACUGCUUGAAAAGAUCCAGGAUGUUCAGUCAACCAGAUUUUUGUAAUUAUACAUUUCAGUGGUUCGGAAAUGAUGAUCGUUUUAUUUCAUGAAAAUAACAUUGACUUUAUCAAGUAUUCCUAAAAAAAACGGCAUCUCUCUACUUUUGGACAUGGUGAAAAAUAUGCAUAUUUGUGUAAUUAUAAAAAGUAAAUCUUCAUGAUUAUGUUGUUAUUCUCUUGAAAGUGUAAAUACAGUGGUGUGAAAAAGUGUUG